AUGCAGACGGCUCUAUUCACCGAAGAGGAACUCCGACUGGCAACGGAGCGGCGCCUGAAAUACCUUGGAACCGCGAAAGUUCCUAUCAAUCAAAUUCAAUUUGAUCCUCCAUUGCCCAGGGACCUGGAUCCCAAGAAUUUGAACCGGCUUCGGGAGAUCUUCCGUAAAAACCGCUGUCGUCGCCUGGAUAUUGACAACCAUGUCCCAGCCAUUGUGUCUCAGCAGGAUCUUAGUCUUGCCCUCCAGAAAAAGCGAAUGUCCCGCUUGCGGGCCCUACAUGGUCGUCACCGAGUGCAGGCGGGCGCCGAGAUUCUGCCACCAGCGGACCGUUGGUGGACGGUAGAUCUCUACUCGGACGACCUCGGUGAGGGCCUGAAGACCUCGUUGGUAGAGGAGUAUGCCAACCAAAAGAAACCAACGGACGGCAAAAUAUAUCGUAAGAUUCGGCAAUAUGAACUGGAGGACAAUGAGGCCUUCCGACAGCGCUGGUUCGUCCGAUUAUCACCGAGCAACCAAGAUCGUCUGGACCAACUGGAUAAUAGAAAGAACCGCCGUCUCCGACGUGCCUUUGAUCGAUUAUUGGCUAUCCCGGGACUAUGUCUUCAUGGGAUGAGAAUCAGCAUGCUUCAUCGGUUGAUUGCGACCAGUUGCGUGGAAGAGAUCCUCACGUAUCUUGGCCAAUUGGCCAGGUGGACUCUUUUCACAUUGUUGAUUGGCCCAGUGGAGUUCGGGCUACAGAUACCAACCCGAAAGGAGACUUAG